UCCAGCCGAGAGCCGACGACGCACACGGCCUGGAAACAGGGAAGUGAUUACUUCACACCGAUCGAUAAGCAGCAGCUUGCCAGCUUCGAAAAAAGAACAAAACAGCGUGAGAAUAGCGCCACAUGUGAAAACCCAAAUGUUGAUUCCUUAAUUAAGCAGAUCGGAUCGGAAAAGGCAUAGCAUAGAGGGGGGGUGUUCUCCGUCUCCGCGCCGCGUCCUCCCGCACGAAUCCGCGCUCCGGCAGAGCCCUAGCCGCCCCCCCGCCCAUUCAUGGUGGGCGGGCCGUGAGAUCUCUAGGGGAGGGCUCGUGGGCUUCGUCGGGCGGGAGGGGAGGGGAGGGGAUGGGCGGCCGGACCAGCGCUGCCGCGACGCCGGUGCUGCUCAACGUGUACGACCUCACGGCCGCGAACGAUUACCUCUACUGGCUCGGCUUCGGCGUCUUCCACUCCGGAAUCGAAGUUCAUGGCAUGGAGUAUGGAUUUGGAGCCCAUGACUUCCCGUCCAGCGGCGUGUUUGAGGUGGAAUCAAAGACUUGCCCUGGCUUUGUCUAUAGAAGAACGGUGUGGCUAGGCACAACAGACAUGUCUCAGGAAGAAUUCCGUUCGUUUAUUGAAAAACUUGCAGGGAAGUAUCAUGGGAACACAUACCAUUUGAUUAAUAAGAACUGCAACCAUUUCACGGACGAUGUCUGUCAGAACUUAACUGGAAAACCCAUCCCUUCCUGGGUGAAUAGGCUUGCGAGAGUAGGUUCAGUUUUUGAUUGUCUUCUACCAGAAAGUGUUCAAGUUUCUCCUGUGGGUCGUGUCCCAACUCGUUGUCAAACUUCUGACGAUGAUUUGCAUUCAAUACACUCUCCUAUCAUUGAGGACAGCGACAAUGAUGAGGACGAGGCCAAGCACCUGCUGCCAACUCCAUCCAAUGACAUGCAUUCUGUAGAUGUGCCACCAAAGCUAGCGAAAGAUCUUCUCUAAAUUGCUCCAUGCUCAUAGACAUCUCCCGUACUGUAACUACAAGUCUACAACUCGUGUAGCUGUUGGUGCUAAAGGGAUUCUCUAGACGAUGGCUUGACGGGCCGGUAAAGUCGAGCUCGCCAUUGGUUGGUGUAGCUAUACACAGAUAGAGUUUAACUAUACUUGCUGCUUACCAGUUAGCACUGCCUUCCUGUCUUUGUACCGGCAGGUGACUGUCAUCCAUGGUAGGUUGGUAGCAGCAGCAUGGUAGUACUGUCAUUUAGCAAAGCUGGAAAUUGCAAAAUGGGUUCCAGUAUCUAUUAGGACCGAAGGUGUAAAAUAUUACCUUAGCGAAUGCUUGCUGAGCCGAGACUAUCACUGUAAUAAGUUAUCACAGACCAGAGUUUAUGUACAUGGCUACUGAGUAAUCACAUCAUAUGUUGUUUUUGUUGCCCUA